GGAAAUGCGUUGAGAUGGGAGCUCCGAUUCGGCAGACCACUCAAAACUCUCCAGAAACCCCAAAAGACACAAAAAAGGAAAACCUUCUCCACAAGCUGCGUCGGCUCGUCAGCUCAAUGAGAUCAUCAAUGGGGACAUCAACGUCAAAAGAGGUUACGCCGGCAAAGGCCGAACAGCAGGUGCCUCCCGUUGACGAGGAGGAGGAUGAGCCGGAUGAGUGGGACAAGCGGAUAUUCAGCACCGGCUGUGCUGAUGAAAAUGCAAAAAUGACCGACUGCUAUUACGAGACGAAGGACUGGAGGGCUUGUAAGAAGGAGAUGGAGAGGUUUCGAGAGUGUUGGAAAGCGCAGGGGAACGACAAACGCACCAGCACAAAAGAUGCGUAAAUUCAAGCCCGUAACUGAUCUGUAUCAUCAUCAAGCAUGUACCAGUAUUGAUUAGGUCGGGGUUCAUAAACUGAGAACCUAACGCCAAAUCCUAUUCUAAAUAAAUGUCAAUUUUUUAGGCGGCGUCUCUCGAGUAAAAAAUUACAUGUU